AUGCAGGCACCUGUCGUGGUGAUGAACACCAAUAGCGGUGAGAGGCAGACUGGGCGCAAAGCCCAGAUGUCCAACAUCGCCGCCGCCAAGACCGUCGCCGACAUCAUCCGGUCGUGCCUCGGCCCCAAGGCUAUGCUCAAGAUGCUCCUCGACCCCAUGGGCGGCAUCGUGCUGACCAACGACGGCCACGCCAUCCUCCGCGAGAUCGAGGUGUCGCACCCGGCCGCCAAGAGCAUGAUCGAGCUCAGCCGGACCCAAGACGAGGAGGUCGGCGACGGCACCACAACCGUCAUCAUCCUGGCCGGCGAGAUCCUGGCGCAGGCGCUCCCGCAGCUGGAGCGCAACAUCCACCCCGUCGUCAUCAUCCAGGCCUUCAAGCGGGCGCUCAAGGACGCGCUGCAGAUUGUCGACGACAUCUCCAUGCCCAUCGACAUCAACGACGACAAGGCCAUGCACGGGCUCAUCUCGUCGUCGAUCGGCACCAAGUUCGUGUCGCGGUGGUCGGAGCUCAUGUGCAGCCUAGCGCUCAAGGCGGUGCGCACCGUGGCGUGGGAGGUGGGCAACGGCAAGCGCGAGGUCGACAUCAAGCGGUACGCGCGCGUAGAGAAGGUCCCCGGCGGCGAGAUCGAGGACAGCCGCGUGCUGGACGGCGUCAUGCUCAACAAGGACAUCACGCACCCCAAGAUGCGCCGCAAGAUUGAGAACCCGCGCAUCAUCCUGCUUGACUGCACGCUCGAGUACAAGAAGGGCGAGUCGCAGACAAACAUUGAGAUCUCCAAGGAGGAGGACUGGAACCGCAUCCUGCAGAUCGAGGAGGAGCAGGUCAAGACCAUGUGCGAACACAUCCUGGCGCUCAACCCAGACCUAGUCAUUACAGAAAAGGGCGUCUCUGAUCUCGCACAACACUACCUCAUGAAGGGCAACGUGACGGCGCUGCGGCGCGUUCGCAAGACGGACAACAACCGGAUAUCGAGAGCCACGGGGGCCACCAUCGUGAACCGAGUAGAGGACCUGCAAGAGUCGGACGUGGGCACGCAGUGCGGCCUGUUCGAGAUUGAGAAGAUUGGCGACGAGUACUUCACCUUCCUCACAAAGUGCAAGUCACCAAAGGCGUGCACGAUCCUGCUCCGGGGGCCGUCCAAGGACGUGCUCAACGAGGUCGAGCGCAACCUGCAGGACGCCAUGGGCGUGGCCCGCAACGUCAUGUUUCACCCCAGGUUGUCGCCUGGCGGUGGCGCCACCGAGAUGGCCGUCUCGGUGCGGCUAGCCCAGAUGGCCAAGUCCAUCGAGGGCGUGCAGCAGUGGCCGUACAAGGCUGUGGCCGAGGCCCUCGAGGUCAUCCCGCGCACCCUCAUCCAGAACGCCGGCAAGAGCCCCGUCCGCGUGCUGACCGACCUACGCGCCAAGCACGCCGAGGGCAAGAGCUCGUGGGGCAUCAACGGCGACACGGGCGUGCUCGUCGACAUGAAGGAGUACGGCGUGUGGGAGCCCGAGGCCAUCAAGGUGCAGAGCAUGAAGACUGCGAUCGAGGCUGCCUGUCUCUUAUUGAGAGUGGACGAUAUCUGCAGCGCCAGAAAGGCCCAACCGGGCGUUGGCACCGGCGCUGCCGGAGGAGAUGAUUAG